AAAUCCAGUUGUCGAGGCUCUUGGUGCCCCCAACACCAGCACCGAGGAGGGCCCCGGUGUGAAGGGACACCAUUUCCACAUAUCUUGCCACUGUAUUAAGAAGUGAGGUAGCCACAAUGGGGCCUCCGAUGUCCCUCUUCCUCCUCCUCCUCCUGGCCCUCCUGGACAGCUCACACGCAGCAGGGCCAAAGGUGACUUUGAAAGUAAAGCUAACGGAGGCUUUCCGGGCCAAGGCCUCCCAGGACGCCAGCUUUCUGGACAUGCUCCAAAAGAUCUGCAUCCUCCUCCACCUCCCGCCGGGGGCCAACAUGACCCUCCAUCACAAAGGGCCACCACACCAUCUAACCUGCAGACCCUGAGGGCAGCCAAAGCCUGUGUGGGCCUCGGAGCACAGGCUCCGGGGAGUGGGCGUUGGGAGGAGGCAUGCCUUGACCCAGCAGGCCCUUGCCCUGCCGAGUGCUAAUAAACCCGUGGAGUCUAA